ACACACACACACACACACACACACACACAAACACACACAAACACACGCACACACAGACACACACACACACGCGCACACACACACAGACACCCAGACACAGAGAGAGAGAGAGAGAAAGGCACGCAUUCUGGUUUUCAGUAGCAUACCAGCACAGCCCUGUGUCAGAGUGAUCAGCAGAAGACCACAGAGACUGGGAAUAAACCCACUUACUGGAGUGACAGCAAGGACUGUGCAGGAUUUGUCUCUUUCCUUGAUCUUUCUUUUAUUAUUUAUUCUAAUCUGCUGUCCUUUUCUUCCACUCACAACCCCUCCUCCUCCUUUUUUUCGGGGUUGCUGUUGCUACUGUCAGCAGGAGAAUAUUUUCAUUUCCUUUUCAGAGCAUAAUAGGAGCUGCUCCUGUGUCUCUCCAUUAUUAAUCUACCCUAAAACCUCACUGCCUGUAUUCACAGAGGUUAAGCUGAGAACGACGUCAGUUUGGAAGACGGGUGCCAAGUAAGCCAGAACUAUCUCUGGUGAAGGCUGUCAUCAAAAAACAGAGAAAAUGGGGCAGCAGAUUGACAUUUCUAAGAGCAGGACAUCCCUCCAUAAUUGAUGACAAACAGGACAAAACAAAAAGGAGCUGCAGGAAAAUUUGACAUUUGCCCAGCUAGCAGCCUGUCUGCCCUAUAACACUGAAGGUGGGCAUCGUGGCAGACUGAUGCUUAUCCAGUUCUGAGGUGGGAGCCACUGUCACACGUAGGCAGAUAUGUGGCUAAUUGCUGGGACUGCAAAAAGGCACUGCAGAGGAACCACUCAAAACAGCUUGUCAGUGCACUGUGUGCUCUACUGUCUGCUUCUGCACCUUCAUUUGUGCUCCAGUUGCCCAUCCAUUUGUGUGUGCAGUACCACUGAAGCAGACUGUGGUGGGCAUGACUUGAUUACACUGCCUGCCCUUUCCCUGCUACCUUCAACUAUUCAGACCCUGCUCCUGCCCAACAACCACUUUACAUCAUUGCCUGCUUCAGCAUUCGUCAACCUCAGCUCACUGGUGAGGCUUGACCUAUCCAAUAACUACCUGGAUAACCUGCCAGCUCAUGUCUUUGCUGAGCUGGCCAACCUGACUGACCUAAGUCUGAGGAACAACAGCCUAACAGCACUGGACCGUGACCUCCUGCAGGGCCUGGGAAGCCUUCAGCGGUUAGAUGUGUCACUGAAUGGCCUGGGUACGGUGCCGCUUGGUCUAUUAGAACAUCAGCAUGGCCUGACCUGGCUCUCUCUGGCAGGGAACAGACUCCAGGCACUAAAUAGGGCUGCUUUUGAACCACUUGAGAACUUGCAACACCUUGAGCUUGGCUCCAAUCCAUGGGAAUGUGACUGCAAUUUGCGUGACUUCAAGAACUGGAUGGAGUGGCUCAUCUACCGAGGUGGCUAUGUAGAUGCUGUGGAGUGCACUCUUCCCAAAGAUCUCAGAGGGCGUGACAUCCGGACUGUUCCUGUAGAGAUGUUCAACUACUGCCUCCAAUUGGACAGUGAGAAUGGGGGUGGGGCCGGAGGAACAAAAGGUGGUUCUGUCCCAUGUGCACGUGCAACCACUGCUCCAUUGCCUGAGACUGCUGUUGUACAGAGUGAGUCAGAGCCAGUGGAUUGUGCAAGGCAGCGUUACCGGCCUGUAAGCGUCCGUCGUGCCAUUGGCACCGUAGUGAUUGCCGGUGUUGUAUGUGGUAUUGUGUGCAUCAUGAUGGUUGCAGCAGCUGCCUAUGGAUGCAUCUACGCUUCCCUUAUGGCCAAGUACCAGCGUGAGCUGAAGAAAAGGCAGCCAUUGAUGGGGGAUGCUGAGGCUGAAGCUGACUCUGAAGAAAAACAGAUUUCAUCAGUUGCAUAGAAAUAAUAUAGAUUCUAUAUACUCUAAUGUGAUGACAAUGGUAUCUUUGCAUUCCUGCUUCCACACCUAGUUUUUAAAUGUGUGUGCACUGUUAAGUAUUAUUUGGGUGUUUUCACAUAUAGUUAUUUUUAAAUAAACCAUACGAUGUCCUCUUAGGGGUCCUAGAUUCUAGGUCUGGAAGGGAACUAGCUGCAAAUUACCUCAGUACUUUGAAUACAAGUGUACUCAAAAGUUGAAACUUGUUCAGAUCACAGCUUCUUUAGAACUCAGACCUCAUGGCUAAUGUAAUUAAAAAUGCUACUAAAAAUUAAAAUAUAUAUUUGAUGCAGUCAUUUAGCUGUUGAUGAAAAAUACCAGAAGUGUCUAGGAAUCAAAAAAUCAGUGAGAACCGACUCAUGAUUCAUGUCAUUUUUACUAAAUCUUUGGCAUAGACCAAAUAAGUGAAUUCAGUUGGUCUAACAUCUACAGUAUAUCUGUAUUUGCAUUUUUAUUUUUUUUGGUGCUCAGAAUAUUCAUGUGGUUUGGUCUGACCCAGACUUCUUUUUUAUGUUACUCAUACAACCAUGCCAUAGCAACACUGGAAAACACUGAAGAUAAAUAAGUAAUUUUUAACAAAUUGUUCUACAAAACUAGGAAGCACUUACAGUUCUGUUGCGACUCCAUAUGGAAACACAUUCAUUUAAUAAUGAAGAAGGUAUGCAGAAGGUAUGCCGCUCUGUGCAAAGGUCUUUGUUUGUUUGUUUGUUUGUUUGUUUCCAGAUUCUGUGUAGAAUAAAUGUAUAUUGCAAUCUUCUUAGGUUUCCUCCCAAAGCAUGUGAACAGCAUGGCCAGGUUUCUUUUUGUUUUUGCUAUACACUGAGGAGUGAGAUCAAAUGAGAUAUAUAUAAGACAAGAUGUACCAAAAAUCUCUCCAUGGUUUGAGCAGACACUGUUGUCAAAAGGAUAAGUUAAUAUGAAGACCAGAGAGCUGUCUAUGGGUGAAAAGCAGGUCAUGUUUAAGUUGAUGCAACAGAUCGAUCAAACAGAUAUACAGUAGAACAUGUUGGCCAAAAAAAAAAAUGAUCAGAGAUGUAAAUAAAAUGAAACAUCAACUCCUACACGAUAAAGCUGAAUGUAUCACAAAACACCAUUUAGAAACAAAUGUGAGAGCAGAAAUGUAGAAAUCAUACCACAAGAUGCAAAACACUAUUCUGAAAUAAGAAUUAGAGCAACUUUUGUUAGAUUUCCCAAAGGUUCUGAAAUCAAGAAUAGCCUCUGAUGAUAAUUAUUAAAAGACCACAGUGUGGUGAAUGAAAAGAUCUGCUUGUCUUCAUCAUCAUCAUCAUCAGUGGAGGUAGAGUCAUGGCUUGGGCUUUGCAUGGCUGCUUCUGGAACAGACUCGCUAAUCUUUAUUGAAUUCAGAACUUUGCAAGAACACUCUGUCUGCCAAUUUACAGAUAAAUGCAGCCAAUCUAAUUAGGAGGAACUUCAGGCAAAAAAAAGUGGAAGAUUUUAGACUGGCCAAGUAAAUCACCAGCCCUUAACUUAAUUAAUCAGGAUUUCACUUCCUAAAGAGGAGACUGAAAGGAGAAACCCAC